AUGGAUGGAAUUGAGGGGAGAAAGCAGCUCCAUCCAAGAUUUUGGACGAGGCAAAAGAGCUUGCCAAGUACAGCUAUGAGGAAAACACCCAAUUGGGGAAAAAGAAAAAUACAAGUUAAAAGAGGCAAAAGAGCUUGCCAAGUACGGCUAUCAGGAAAACACCCAAUUGGGGAAAAAGAAAAAUACAAGUUAAAAGAGGCAAAAGAGCUUGCCAAGUACGGCUAUGAGGAAAACACCCAAUUGGGGAAAAAGAAAAAUACAAUGGAAGAUGUUUUGACAGGGCUUUCUAUACACUGCAGAGGAUGGAAAUCUGUUUACUGCUGUCCCAAAAGACAUGCUUUUGUGGGGUGUGUACCUGUUAAUCUGAAUGAUACUCUGAUCCAAAAUAAAAGAUGGGCAACAGGUUUACUGGAGAUUUUUGCCAGCAAAUAUUGUCCACUCACUUAUGGUAGGAUGUGGAUGCUAAAAGGCGUCUCGUCCUAUCUGUUUGGGGUCAUUCAAGUCGUCUGGAAAUUACUUGGAAUAUCUAAAGUGGGAUUCGAGGUGACAAGCAAAGUAUUUGACAGUCAAGCAGCCAAACGAUACGAGGCAGAGAUUUUUGAGUUUGGGGUUUCCUCUGCGUUGUUUAUACCAUUUUCUAUCAUAGGACUGAUAAACCUCUUGGCGUUAAUGGGUGGAAUUGCAGGUGUGAUGAGAGAAGGUUAUUCAGCCAUUGUGAGUAUGUUUGUGUAG